AUGAUGUUUCUGGCUGCCGCUUUGCUGCCCUGCUUCACGACGGCUUUCAAGGUGACCGCCGUCUCUGCGGGUGGAGAUCACGCGCUGAUGCUCCUGGAGAACGGCGAGGUGUUUGCUGCUGGUGAUAACCGGCACGGGCAGCUGUGCAUCGGCCACAAGAAGGCAGUGGAUGCCGCGGUGCGGGUGGACAUUGGCGAAAAGGUCAAGGCUGUUGCAGCUGGGUGCAGCCACUCCCUGCUGAUCACAGAGUCUGGUGAUGUCUAUGCAGCGGGUGACAACAACCAUGGCCAACUGGGCACUGGUGGCAGCGGGAGCAGUGAGGCAUUUCCGGUGCCUACCAAGAUGGACCUAAGUGCCCUUGGAGCUAAAGUGGCUUCUGUGGCUGCCGGCUGCUGGUUCUCUUUGCUGUUGCUCGAGUCUGGUGAGGUCUAUGGGGUAGGGCUAAACAGUUUCGGACAGCUGGGGCUGGGCGCCACUUCUCCUUCAGUCCACACCAGCCUCGUAAAGAUGCAGCUGACUGGCAAAGCAAGCAGCAUUGCAGCUGGAUGCACUCAUUCUCUUGUGCUCUUGGAGAACGGAGAAGUUUAUGGAACCGGUGACAACCUCGACGGUCAGCUGGGAAUUGGCAACACGCAAGAUCAGGCAACACCUUCAAAGGUUCGAGCAGCCUCGAGAGUGGUUGCCAUUGCAGCUGGAACGUACCACUCGUUGCUCUUGAUGGAAAAUGGCGAAGUCGCAGCCGUAGGCAGCAACCUGCAUGGGCAACUUGGCAUUGGAUCGUUUGACAGCCAAGUUCUGCCAGGCACUUGGCUUCUUGAGGCUGAGGCCCCAGUGAAAGCUGUGGCUGCUGGGGACUUUCACUCCCUUGUCCUCCUGGAGUCCGGUGACGUCUAUGCGACCGGUGACAAUAGCUACAGACAAUUGGGUAUCGGGGUUUGGGACAUGACGCCCACGCCCAGACUGAUGCGGUUGGAUGAGAGUGUCACAGCGGUUGGUGCGGGGUGGUCAUAUUCCCUGAUGAUCGCUGAGUCUGGCGAAGUCUUCUCAGCAGGCUACCACUUGAUACAUAGCCGGGAAGCUGGUCAUGCAGAGCACCGGCCUGCCUUGCCCACCCGGAUGGAAUGCUGUGGAUAG